AUGGAACGAUUCUUCCGACUCGGUAAUAUGGGCGGUGGUAUCGGACAAUUCGGCACGAGCCCACAGGACUCGAAUCAAGUGGACACCUCCGAGACGGUGUACAUCUCGUCGUUGGCGCUCCUGAAGAUGCUCAAACACGGAAGAGCCGGAGUACCGAUGGAGGUGAUGGGUCUGAUGCUUGGAGAGUUUGUCGACGACUACACUGUCAACGUCAUCGACGUGUUCGCAAUGCCACAGUCCGGAACGGGAGUCUCCGUCGAAGCCGUGGAUCCAGUCUUCCAAGCGAAGAUGCUCGACAUGCUUAAGCAGACGGGCCGCCCCGAAAUGGUCGUCGGAUGGUACCAUUCCCAUCCUGGAUUCGGUUGCUGGCUGUCUGGAGUCGAUGUCAACACCCAGCAGUCGUUCGAAGCGCUCUCCGAUCGUGCAGUCGCAGUCGUCGUGGACCCAAUCCAGUCGGUGAAGGGAAAAGUCGUCAUCGAUGCGUUCCGGACCAUCAACCCCCCGUCGAUGGCCCCCAAUCAGGAGCCGCGCCAGACGACGAGCAAUUUGGGACACUUGCAGAAGCCCAGCAUACAGGCACUGAUCCAUGGCCUCAAUCGUCACUACUACUCGAUUCCCAUUGCGUACCGAACACACGAUCUGGAGCAGAAGAUGUUGUUGAAUCUCAACAAAUUAUCGUGGAUGGACGCAGUGAGUGUGGAGAACUACACAAAGUGUGGCGAAGCGAACAAGGAGCAUCUGAAGGCGAUGUUGAAGCUGGCGAAGAACUACAAGAAGACGUUGGAGGACGAGAAGGACAUGACGGAUCAGGAGCUCGCGAUCAAGAACGUCGGAAAAAUGGAUCCAAAGCGACACAUCGCCGAUGAAGUGAGCAAGAUGCUCAACGACAACAUUGUGCAGAGUCUCGCUGGAAUGAUGGCCACCACUUCGCUCCAAUAA